ACGCGUCCUGACUUAAGAAGACCAAAUAAAAAGUCUGAGUGACUAAUGUCAUCGGAAUAGGUCUUUUUAUGCAUAUACUCUUUUACUGGAGGAAUACAUUUUUAAUCCAUUGCACAUUUUCUGCCUUGUGCAUCCUCUGCACAGUCUGCUAAGAAGUUGCCUCGUAAUUGUGACAGAUGUGAAAGAAAUAAAAAAUCAUAUGUCUUUUUAAAUGAUGACAGAGGAAAGUAGCAUGGGGGUAUCUUGUAGGAGGAGUUCUUUGUGACCAAACAAGUAACGGAUUUUCCCUUAUAAAAAAGGAAAUUGAAUCCCGACCGCUCAAUGAACAGCAUUAUUCGGGGACCUCGAUGUACAGAAGGUCCUGGUACAAGCAGAUGUGUUGCAUCCAUCUUUUUUCAGUCUACAAGCCCUUAUUUUAGUGCCUCCUUGACACAUGCUUGUGAGCUCAGGCACUCGCUGACAGCAAACCCUCCUCAAAGAGUGGGUUCCCUGCUUCCCUGCCAGCCCACCCCAAGCUUCAUGGGUUGAACCACCAGAAGUUCGACAAUCUCCUCUCCAUUCUCUCCUCCACACAACCCCCACACCCACCCCCACCCACCCCCGACCCUGCUCUGUCUACUUCCUUUGCCUAUACUACCACCAGCGUGAUGGCUUGUUGUGCCUCGGGCUUGUUUGGACUUGCAACCGCAGCAUCACCCUCCACUACACAGACUUGCAGACGCAGCAGCCACUAGAGUGAAAGAUACAGAGAGACAGAGGGGGGGGGGGGAAGGGAGAGACAGACAGAGAACGAGAGCAGUGCCACAGAAGAGAGGAGGGAUCAUCGGUCCUAGCAGCAGAGGGAUCCACCUGUCCCACAGAGGAAGGGCCCCCCCCCACCUGAUCCAUCUGGUCGCAGGGGGGGACCCUGCGUGGCCGGGAAGGCAACAGAGACUAUGCAGCUGGGACUGGUGGCGCUGGCAAUGGUCUUCCUCAGCUCCAUGGGUCACAGCGAUUCUCUCAAGCUCUCCAAGGCGAGAAGGCAGAGACGGGUUAGUACUGAGGGGCCACCAUCUUGCCCUAAAGGCUGUGACCGAUGCUCUGAAUAUAAUGGCUGCAUUAAAUGCAAGCCCAAGCUCUUCAUCUUCCUGGAGCGCAAUGACAUCCGUCAGAUAGGCGUGUGCCUCGCCUCCUGCCCCAUGGGAUAUUUUGGCAUGAGGAACCCAGAAGGCAACAACAGAUGCACUCAAUGUAAAAUAGACAAUUGUGAAGCGUGUUUCAAUCGCAAUUUUUGCACAAAAUGUAAGGAGGGCUUGUAUUCACACAGUGGGCGAUGUUAUGUCAGCUGCCCUCCAGACCAGCGCACCGCAAAUGAGACCAUGGAGUGUGUCGGUCAGCGUGCUGCAGAGUGCGAACUUGGCGAGUGGAGCCAAUGGGGUUCCUGUAUGAAGAAGAACAAAACAUGUGGAUUUAAGAAAGGCUCGCAGUCUCGCGUGCGCAUGCCCCUUCCACAGAUCCACAGCCCAGACACCUCCCCGGCCUUUGUACCCUCACAGACCUGUACUCCACAGACAGAAAGAAGGAAGUGCGUUGUGACCAAGAUGCCCUGUGUGAGAGAGAAAAAGACUAAGGGAGACCGCCAAGAUGAUGCAAACAGGAGGGAGAGAGAGAAUGCACGCGGGCGAGGACGAGAUGGCAAAGAUGGCAGUAGAGGAGGAGGAGGAGGAGGAGGAGGAGGAGGAGGAGGAGGAGGAGGAGGAGGAGGAGGAGGAGGGAAGAGGAGGAAAGGCCAGAGCAGGACCACCACUGUUCCCAGCAUCACAACCAGCUCUGUCUCCUAAAUUCCAUUGCCUGCUGGAUGGGGCUAAGAGAAAACCAGAGACAGUGCCUCACACAGCAGCACCAGCCAUAGACAAAGAUCAAAGUGAUGAAGGAAUGGAUUAAUGCUGCUAUGCAUUGUAGAAAAUGCAAAGAGAACUGGAGGAUUGCUGCAACACAAAAGGCCUCUCUGAGCUUUUUGAAUAUAUGACCAUAUCUGGAAGAUACUGGUGUCUUAGUGAUACUCAAAAAGACAUGUUGAUUUUCAUUCCACUGUGAGGGAUCACUGUUAGACAUGGUUCGUGUCAUGACAGAUUGUGGUUUGAUAUGGUUCGUGUCAUGAACCAACCUAUAUCACUAAGAGCAGAUUCCUGUGUUUCAGAUGCAGCAUUCAAGCUGGAAGUCUGAUAAUGAAUGAAGGCUCUCUUCAGUCUCCUCUGGUCUAUGAUGUAUUUUGUUCCAGUCCGAUUUUAAUCACAAUCUGUUCUUCAUUUGUUUUCAUGUUUGUGAGAGGUGGCAGAUGGAUUUUCUCAACAGCAGCUGUACGUGAUGUAAAGACAAUGAAUAGUAUUGAGUCUUUGUACCUUUAUUUCCUAUUGUGAGAUGAAACUAAAAGAAAGGCACUGGAAAUCAUUUGUGGUUGUUGAGGACAGAAGGUCUUCUAUAUAUUAUUUUGAGGAGGGACUCUACUACAAAAUUAGCCUAAGGGAAGAUGUAGAGGAGGAUUACCUUCUCUGGUGUCUUGACACAAACUUUUGCCAUUUGAUAGCUUAGUUGUUUGUUUCAAAUUAAAUGUUGGUGUUUGUAUCAGAAAAUAAGUCUGCAAACGAAGAAAAUGAGGAUACGACGAUAAAAACACGAGUAUUUGCAUGUGCGUCCCUUUGUGCAUGCAAACCUGUGAGUGUGUGUGCGUGUGUUUGUCUCUACCUAAAGUCUGGGUGUUGGUGUACUUUGUAUGCAUUUCUGCACGGAAUCAAGUUGUUUGUCGACGGAACUUAGAUGUUUGUACAUGUGUGUUUACGUUUGCGCCAAUGUGUUAAUAUUGGUCUCAUAGAUUGAAGGAAUGGGGUCUGGAAAACAAGAGGAAGGAAAUGUAAAUGCACAGUGAUAUAUCGAAUAUGCAGUAACUCUGAUUAUUAUAUAAGCCAUCAAAUCAUCAGCUGCUCAGUAAUCAUGUCUGUUUGCAACAGGGUCUGAAGAUUUUGCACAACUAUAAUGUUUCCUACUGCUCAAGUUUCAGAACAAUCAUAGCAUUUUACACAUUUAUUCUCCAAAAGCUGGCUUCAUGACAUUGCAGAUACAGAGACAUUUUUUUUCGUAGAAUGUUUUCCAUGGGUCUGUUUGCUUUACACAAGAUAUUAGUUUCAGGAGAAGUUACACGCUACAUUAUUCAUUCAUACUAUGGAUUGUGAUACUGAAUAUGUCAAACUGUGUUUAUCAUCAAACAUAAGAAUUAUUAGUAUCAUCAUGUAUAGCUUAUUCUGUGAAAGCCUAAAUAAAGUUCAGAUGAAGUUGAUGAAACUUCAGUCAUACA